UCAGGCUGGAAAGGAGAGAGGCCUACAACAGUCACCCAAGCACGGGCCACUUGGUGUGUUCAGGCCAGGAUUGUUAGGAGGAGGAGGCCAGAAGAGGCAGAGAACAUAUGAGAGCUGGCCAAAAUCUCCUCCUAAUGAAUCCGGAAGAAGAAAGGAAGGUUGAAGAGAAACAGAAGGAAUCCAUAUAUUCAGGGAACGAUCAGGAGUCUAAGAAAACGGAGUCUGAGAGAGAGAAGUUGUUAGAGGAAGAAGAGUCUGCAAAAGAGAAAGGGAUAGAAAAGCAGAAGGAGUCUGAUGGAAUUAAGUCUGAGGAGAAAGAGAAGGGGUCUGAAGAAAAGGAGAAGUCGGGGGAAAAAGAGGACUCUAAAACAAAUGGUUUGGGGCAAGCUGAAGAGUCUGAGGACGUGAACAAGACUAGAGAAGCAAAGGAGUCUGAGGUUGAGAAGCCACAUGGGGAAAAGCCAGGGGAAAAACCCGGAAAAUUAUUUUCUGGGCAAAAAGAAGAAGAUGGUGAUGUGUCCAAAGACAACAAGAUUCCAGGAAACACAAACGAUUCUGAUACAGAGAAGUCUAAUGAAAAAGAGGAAUCGGAGCAAGCUGAAAAAUCUGAUGAAGAGAACAAGUCUGGAGAUUCAAAGGAGUCUGAGGUAGAGAAGCCAAACGGGGAAAAACCCGGAAAACCAGAAUUAUUGUCCGUGCCAAAAGAAAAAGAUGUGUCCAAAGAGAACAAGAUUCCAGGAAAACCUGAGGAUUCUGUUGGAGAGGAGUCUGAUGAAAAAGAGGAAUCAGAGCAAGCUGAAGAGUCUGAGGAAGAGAACACGUCUGAAAAAGCAAAUGAGUCUGAGGGAGAGAAGCCAGAUGGGGAAAAACCCGGAAAACCAGAAUUAAUUUCCGUGCCAAAAGAAAAAGAUGUGUCCAAAGAGAACAAGAUUCCAGGAAAACCUGAGGAUUCUGUUGGAGAGGAAUCUGAUGAAAAAGAUGAAUCAGAGCAAGCUGAAGAUUCUGAGGAAGAGAACACGUCUGAAGAAGCAAAGGAGUCUGAGGGAGAGAAGCCAGAUGGGGAAAAACCCGGAAAACCAGAAUUAUUUUCCGUGCCAAAAGAAAAAGAUGUGUCCAAAGAGAACAAGAUUCCAGGAAAACCUGAAGAUUCUGUUGGAGAGGAGUCUGAUGAAAAAGAUGAAUCGGAGCAAGCUGAAGAGUCUGAGGAAGAGAACACGUCUGAAGAAGCAACGGAGUCUGAGGGAGAUAAGCCAGAUGGGGAAAAACCCGGAAAACCAGAAUUAUUUUCCGUGCCAAAAGAAAAAGAUGUGUCCAAAGAGAACAAGAUUCCAGGAAAACCUGAGGAUUCUGUUGGAGAGGAAUCUGAUGAAAAAGAUGAAUCAGAGCAAGCUGAAGAUUCUGAGGAAGAGAACACGUCUGAAGAAGCAAAGGAGUCUGAGGGAGAGAAGCCAGAUGGGGAAAAACCCGGAAAACCAGAAUUAUUUUCCGUGCCAAAAGAAAAAGAUGUGUCCAAAGAGAACAAGAUUCCAGGAAAACCUGAAGAUUCUGUUGGAGAGGAGUCUGAUGAAAAAGAUGAAUCGGAGCAAGCUGAAGAGUCUGAGGAAGAGAACAAGUCUGAAGAAGCAACGGAGUCUGAGGGAGAUAAGCCAGAUGGGGAAAAACCCGGAAAACCAGAAUUAUUUUCCGUGCCAAAAGAAAAAGAUGUGUCCAAAGAGAACAAGAUUCCAGAAAAACCUGAAGAUUCUGUUGGAGAGGAGUCUGAUGAAAAAGAGGAAUCUGAGCAAGCUGAAGAGUCUGAGGAAGAGAAAAAGUCUGGAGAAGGAAAGGAGUCUGAGGGAGAGAAGCCACAGAAGGAAAAACCAGGAUUAUUUUCCAGGCCAAAAGAAGAGAACAAUAUUCCAGGAAACACCAGUGGCGCCAAUAAUUACUCUCAUGAAAAGGAUGACAAGGACUGUCUGCAUGGUUUAAAGUUCUUGGGCAGGAUCCAGAAAUUAUACUUCUUUGCAAAUGAUGCAAGCCAUGAGGAACCACAACUUCCUUAAGUGAGUGACGUACAUGGUGCCUCAUUCCCAAAUGUGUGACAACAUCUACACGUGACCUGCAAGAGAGAAACCACCACAGAUUCCUCACCCCAGUGCUGCAGUGCCUGUGUAUUACACUUGUAUCACACCGCUGCUAAUGUACCUGUGUAUUACACCUGCAUCACACCGCUGCUAAUGUACCUGUGUAUUACACCUGCAUCACACCGCUGCUAAUGUUACCUGUGCAUUACACCUGCAUCACACCGCUGCUAAUGUUACCUGUGCAUUACACCUGCAUCACACCGCUGCUAAUGUACCUGUGUAUUACACCUGCAUCACACCGCUGCUAAUGAACCUGUGUAUUACACCUGCAUCACACCGCUGCUAAUCUACCUGUGUAUUACACCUGCAUCACACCACUGCUAAUGUAUCUGUGUAUUACACCUUUAUAUAGGGCUGAAACAACUAAUCAAUACAAUCAAUAAUAAUCAUUAAUAAAAAUCGUUGUCAAUGAUUUUCAUUAUCGAUUAGUUGCGGUGUGUGCAAAUAAGAAGUCCUUUUUGCAAUUUACAC